AUGUUCCUGGAAAGCAGUGCGCUGCUUCGGCACGGAGGAAAGACUGUAAAAUUUAUAUAUAUUUACACACACACACACACACACACACACACACACACACACACACACACACACACACACACACACACACACACACACACACACACACACACACACACACACACACACACAAAAUCACAAAAUCACUUAGGAUUUUGCGGUGGAUACAAAGCGAAGCUACUCGAUCUUUAUCCGUCGAUGAAAGCCUGCGAUUUAAAAAUGGUUUUAAACCAAACAAACACACACAUAUAAAGAGGAAGAAGAAACCAUGCCCAAGGCUGAAGGUUGGACAACACGAGCGUGAGCGAGUUUUGUCUCUGAAAUCUGGAAGGUGGAAUAAAUAAUUAACACAGUAUUAUAGGAUGUAUUGAGUGCCGCAGUGCUUCAUCGAAUCUGUGCGACUGCGUGGAAAAGAUUUUGGAUGGGGCACACACAGUGCAUCUCCAAGUCAGCAGAUUGCCAAGCGUUUGUGGCUCAGAGUGGAAGCUGCGAGCUCGAUGAGCUCCGUGCCGAGCCUCUUGUGACUCCUGUGAUCACCUCGGACCUCGUUCCUGAAAAACCUGACACCGCAACUGGACUAAAGGAGCGCAGGCUGGAGCCGAACCGAGCGGAUUCCUCCGAGGAAGCCCAGCGAUUACAGAAUGCUAUGACGCACCUUCACAACUCGGGCUGGUACUGGGGCUCGAUAACAGCAGCCGAGGCUAAGCAGCUUCUGAACACGGCUCUGGAUGGCUCCUUCCUGGUGAGAGACAGCUCGAACCCGGGUUACCUCCUCACGCUGUCUGUGAAAACCGAGCUCGGGCCUACGCACCUGCGCAUCGAGUACUCAAACGGACACUUUGGCUUUGACUCCGUCCUGAUGGCUCGUCCUCAUCUCCGCCAGUUUAAGGGAGCGGUGGACUUGGUGCAGUAUUACACUCUGGCUUAUCGCAGGCAGGCGACUCACCGAGAGCUCAGCACGGAUCCAGAUACAUUUCCGACAGCGACGGCGGAAAACACGCUGCAGCUGAAACUUACUAAACCGCUGCACAAGGCGGCGCCCAGUUUACAACAUCUCUGUCGUGUGGUUAUAAACCAACAUUGUCACGAUCACAGAGAUUUACCUUUGCCCGAAAGGCUAAAGGACUUCCUGCGGGAAUAUCCGUUUGUACUCUAGACUAUACUCGGUAUUCAGUAUUAAAUUUCAUUCGCUAUUUCAAUAUUUUCGAAAAUAAUCGUUCAAAUUCAAUGAAAUCGUUCGAUUCUUAUGAUUGAAUCUUUUACUAGUAACAAACACAAUAAAUCACGGAAAAUUGUUCGAUCUCAACGAUAUCCACACAAACCCACGCAUUGUUUUUUUUUGUUUGUUUUUUGUAACUGUUCUUGUGUGUAAUUUAUCUACAAGCUAUUAAAACCCCACCCCUUUUCCCUAGUCUCAACCAAUCAGAGCUUUAAAUACGAACUGGAUCAUGAAUCAUGACUUCUUCCGAAUCGAAUUUAUCAAAGCCGUCAUUUUGAAUCGUUAUACGUCUCGCUAUUAAAUUAUCGUAAUAUUGUAUUUUGGAGGGGAAAAAAACGCCAGUUUAAGCACGGAAGUGUGUGUGUGUGUGUGUCGUUUGGGGUUUUAACGUCAAUGAUACGCCUGGUGUAUAAAUAUCUGUUGGCCACGAUAGUAAUGUUGUGCGUUUUAUAGAUUUGAUCUAGUCAGAGUUUUUGGCAGCUGAAUUGGAAUAUACUGAAAAAAAUACAGAAAUGCAGAAAUCUGGGUUUUUUUUUGUUUUCUCCACAUAUUUUGGCACAAUUCUGCCAUACUCACAAAUGAAACACUCCAUCGAUGUAAUCACUUUUUUCCAAUAUAACGCAACGCUCAUGAUAUUUACCCUACUGUUGUACACCGAUAACUCAAUUCCACCAGAAAAACCAAAAUCAUCCAAAAAAAAAAAAAAAAAUCUGACAGAAGGUGGUGGAUUUUUAUUGACUUAUUACAAUAAAUAUUACAAGUUCAAGGUCAAAUAAAGAAUCACAAGCGCCUCAAAA